UUGCGUUCCCCGAAGCUCAGCUUCGAUUAAUCCAUAUUUCAUUGUGUUCCUACUACUUUUCUUCCUCACUCAUCAAAUCCGAAUCACAGAUUCAAUAGCCUGGAAUCCAAACAAACAGAGACAAAUCCCAUUCUCAAUAAUACUUGAUUGAGCCAUUGAGGGACUGGGAAUUCCAAAUGUCGCGGAUACUCUUUACUGCAGUAUUUCUUAUCAUUGGUUCUGUUUUGUCACACUUCAAUCUCGCGCACUGUAAAACCCUCAAGCGUGACGUGAAAGCUUUGAACGAAAUCAAAUCGUCUCUUGGAUGGAGAGUCGUGUAUGCGUGGGUUGGAGAGGAUCCAUGUGGUGACGGCGGUUUGCCGCCGUGGUCCGGUGUCACCUGCUCCACUCUUGGUGAUUAUCGAGUUGUCACCGAGCUUGAGGUUUAUGCGGUUUCCAUUGUGGGACCAUUCCCUACUGCAGUAACCAGCUUGUUGGAUCUUACACGGCUGGAUCUGCAUAAUAACAAGUUGACAGGGCCUAUUCCUCCUCAAAUUGAACGGUUGAAGCGUCUAAAAAUACUAAAUUUGAGGUGGAAUAAACUACAGGAUGCGAUUCCCCCAGAAAUUGGUCAGCUCAAGAGUUUAACACAUCUAUACCUGAGCUUCAAUAAUUUCAAGGGAGAAAUUCCCAACGAGCUUGCCAAUCUUCAGGAGCUUCGCUACCUUUAUCUUCAUAAAAACCGUUUUAGUGGAAGAAUUCCACCAGAAUUGGGCUCCCUUGCAAACCUGCGACACCUGGAUGUUGGUAACAAUCAUUUGGUUGGUACCAUAAGAGAACUCAUUCGCAUUGAAGGCUGCUUUCCAGCAAUGCGCAACCUAUAUCUAAAUAAUAAUUAUAUUACCGGAGGCAUACCUGCGAACCUUGCAAACCUGUCCAGUCUUGAAAUCUUGUACUUAUCCUAUAACAAAAUGUCAGGAGUUGUACCUUCUAGCCUCGCUAAUAUUCCUAAGUUGACAUACUUGUACUUGGAUCAUAACCAAUUUACAGGCAGAAUACCGGAUGCCUUUUAUAAGCAUCCAUUCUUGAAAGAAAUGUACGUUGAAGGAAAUGCAUUUCGGGCCGAUGUAAGCCCUAUUGGUGUUCAUAGAGUCCUUGAAGUUUCCGACACAGACUUCCUUGUUUAAGCAGCUCAUUACACUCUCUUAUUUUCCCCGAUGGAGUUUGCUUGUUUAAUUUGAAAAAAUAGUUCGUCUUAACAAUCUCAAAGAAUUAGCCAGCUAGGUUCAAUUUUGUACAAUUUGAUUUCCAUCAAUAAAAUUAAUCGUUCAUCUUGGUCU